ACCCAAUAGGAUUUGAUUUAAGAGAAAAAAGGCCAAUUGUAUUAGGAUUAGGAAGUAGGUUUUUGAGAGAAAUUAGGAUCUCCUGUUUGUAUAUAAAUAGAGGACAAAAACACAAUAUUUUUGUCAGUAACAUUAUGAAUUCCUAUCCCAGAAACACAAAUUCGACUUCGGAUGAGCCAUUGUUAUUUCUGGAUAUGGAUUGGAUUUGGGAAAAUGAGGGAGGCGCCUGUGAGUUAACCUAUUUCGGUACUUUCAAUUCAAACCAGGAAUACGAGGACGACGACGACAGUUUUCACGAGGAGGAUGACUGGGGGCUUCUCGCUUCUUCGGGUCCGUACGACGAUGAAGAUAAGGAGGCGGAUGCUACUUGGAAGCGUGUUGAUGAAGCAAUGGAAUCCAGGAGAAAGCACAAGAAAUUGAAACAGAAUGAUAAUAAUAAUCCGCCAACUGGUGAGCAAUUUUCUGAUCUGAAACAAAAUUUGGCUUCAGUGAGUGAAACAGAAUGGGGAAAUAUACCGGAGGCGGAGAGGGGCGGAUCUCCUUGUUUGAAUGAGAGACAGAAGAGGACGAUCAAGAGCUGUGAUCCUGGUGAUGAAGACCUUCUCAUAAGUGUAGCGUCACGGAAAAAACUCAACUAUAAGAUCGAAGAUGAUGGCCGAAAAAUAAUUUUUGAUAAUGGCUGCGGCGAUGAGUAGGUGGGUGGUAGGCCGAGAAAAGGUAGCUGUGGGUGGGUGGUAGUGGCCGAAAAAAGGUAGCGACAGUGGAUGGCGGUUAGUGGUGAGUGGUUUGGUUUAAUUUGAUGGAUGGGUGGGUGGUUGAAACUUAAUUUGAUCGGGUAGGUGGUUUAUAUUUGAUUUGGUUGGAUGAGUGACUUCCGGUUUGGUUAGAUUGUGUCGGUUUAAUUAUUUUUAAAAGUAUAGAUUUUUGGAUAUUUUGAUCAUAUUUAGGGUUUAGAGAUUUAGCGAGCGCUGACAUUAAAUUUAAAGGGUUUAGUGAUCGUUUUUUUGUUGUUGAGGAAAUUAGACCAGCCACGACCAAAUCCCUAUUUAAUCUCAGUAAUACGAACACGCUUGCCCUCUUGCCAAAAUACAUCAGUCUUCUUCCUCCUUUCUUUUUUUACGAUUUUUCUUAAUUUUUUUACGCUCAAAAUAUUGAAAA